GGGCGCGUUUGGGGCAGGGAUUCGGCGGCCCGCACCUCCUCCCCGGCGGGCCUCAGCCCGCACAGGGGCCGGGCACUGCGCGCCCCCGCGUGCCACUGAGGGUCGGGCGAACCGGCGGGCGGGAGUGGGGUGCCCGGUCCGGGCUGAAGCCUAGGAGAUUACGGAUAGGCCGUGGUGAGGCAGCGGACCGGCUCUCCCACCUCCGGGACCAGCGGCCAGUGAGGAAGUCGGGCCCUGGGUGGGGGGCCGCCUCACACGGUCGCGCCCGCUUGGGCUCGGCCACCCUGCCCUUCCUGUCCCGGCGCAGCAGGAAGCUUGGAUAAGAGUCUUCAAUCCUUCACUGACCUUUGACUUUUAAGAUGUUUGAUUCUGAUUUAACCAAUCAAAUGGAAGAAUGAAGCAAUAUAAAACUUAACUGGGGUCUCUGUACCUAGACAGGGUCUCUAAACUGGGCUAUUCUGGCUGCUGAAUUUCAGAGUAGGUCCUGUGGGGAGCAAGAUUUGAAUUGAGAGACUGAUAGGAGACUAAUGCAGAGCCUCUGUUAUGCACCUAAAACCAUAUUGGAAUCUGCAGAAGAAAGCACAACCUCUGGAAAUUAGCAAGGAAACUCUGAGAACUCCCAUGAGCCACCAAGAGCCUAUACAUGAUGAAAAAUGCAAAGCUCUCUCCAUGAAAUCAGGUGUCUUUCCUUCCACCUCUCCUGGUAAAGCAUCAUCUCGAAAGCCUUUUGGGAUUCUUUCUCCAAAUGUUCUGUGCAGUAUGAGUGGGAAGAGUCCUGUAGAGAGCAGCUUGAAUGUUAAAACCAAGCAGAAUGCACCACCUGCAACAAUCCACCAGGGCGAAGAAGGGGAAGGGCCACUUGAUAUCUGGGCUGUGGUGAAACCAGGAAAUACCAAGGAGAAAAUUGCAUUCUUUGCAGCCCACCAGUGUAGCAAUAGGGUAGGAUCUAUGAAAAUAAAAAGCUCCUGGGAUAUUGAUGGGAGAGCUACUAAAAGAAGGAAAAAAUCAGGAGACCUUAAAGAAGCCAAGACACAAUUAGAAAGGAUGAGGGAAGGCAGCAGCAGGUGCUUUGAGCCUGAGCCUUUCGCAUGUGGCAUUGAACACUGUUCCGUGCAUUAUGUGAGUGACAGUGGGGAUGGUGUCUGUGCUGGGAGGCCCCUGUCAGUCAUACAGAUGGUUGCCUUCCUGGAGCAAAGAGCCAGCGCUGCUCUGCUAGCUGGUUGUGCGAAAAACUGCAGUAAUUCACCCGCCAUGGUGAGGAUUUCUGAGCACUCCAGAGGUGUGCCACCAGCCUCUGAGCCCUUGUCUGCCCCAGGAGCUUGUGAAGAACCCACGGAAAGGGGAAAUCCUGAGGGUGGUGAACCCCAGAGUGAGCCAGUCCGUGUCCUCGACAUGGUAGCCAGGCUGGAGUCUGAGUGCCUGAAGCGGCAGAGCCAGCGUGAGCCUGGGAGCCUCUCGAGGAACAACAGCUUCCGUCGAAAUGUAGGCCGGGUGUUGCUUGCGAAUGGCACUCAGGCUGAUGAAGACAAAGCAAACAAAGGCGCUUUGGAGACACCUGGCACUCAGGUGAAUCCUGUGGGGUCUGUAUCUGUGGACUGUGGCCCAUCUAGAGCUGACCAUUGUUCUUUUAAGGGGAAGCAGGCUUGGGAUGGGGCUCCUCGGGGCUGUCCAUCAUUGCCAGCAGGUGUGGGUUUCCACGUGGAUAGAGCAGAAUUAGAGCCAGAUCAGCACACUGCUGUGAAAAACAGCAGUCGAUAUGAUGUAGAAAUGACAGAGGAAAUUGAGUCACCUUUUCCUCCUCAAACCUGUCCCCAAGCCAUUGAGUUGCCCACAGAUGCUAUUAAUUGCAUGAGUAGAGAGCUCGCACCACAAAACCCUGAUCAGAGAAGAAAAGAGUCCGUGUGCAUUAGCAUCACUGUAUCCAAGGUGGAGGAGGACCAACCUUCUAAUUUAAAGUCCUGUGAAGACCCACUUCCAGGGAGGUUGUUUUUUUUGCCCCGAGGUCAGCAAAAGUCAGACUGUUCUCAGCUGAAUGAAAGCACAACAGAAGAGUCUUCAGAGGCCAGCCAGCUUGCAGAUGCUGCUGAGGGUGGCGGAGUGUCUGAUGGAAAAAGUGUUUCAGCCGAUUCAUUUGGGCCAACGCCAGCCUCCCCCGUGGAAAGUACAGUGCCGGUACUUGAGGUGUCCAGCUGGAAGAAGCAGGUGUCUCAUGACUUUCUGGAGACAAGGUUUAAAAUCCAGCAGCUUUUGGAGCCUCAGCAAUACAUGGCUUUCCUGCCCCACCACAUUAUGGUGAAAAUCUUCAGGUUACUCCCCACCAAGAGUUUAGUGGCUCUUAAGUGUACCUGCUGCUAUUUCAAGUUUAUCAUUGAAUACUACAACAUCAGGCCAGCAGAUUCUCGCUGGGUUCGAGACCCACGCUACAGAGAGGAUCCUUGUAAGCAGUGCAAGAAGAAAUAUGUGAAAGGGGACGUGUCCCUGUGCCGGUGGCACCCCAAGCCCUAUUGCCAGGCAUUGCCCUAUGGGCCAGGAUACUGGAUGUGCUGCCACCGCUCUCAGAAGGGUUUCCCUGGCUGUAAGCUGGGUCUUCACGACAAUCACUGGGUCCCUGCAUGCCACAGCUUUAAUCGGGCAAUCCAUAAGAAAGCAAAAGGGACUGAAACUGAAGAGGAAUACUGAAGUCUGUGUGAGAGGUGACAAAAUGACUGCUUUUUAAAACUGCAGAACACCGCCUAGACAUACCGUUCAAGUGUUGCUUCUCCGAGUCCUCACUCUUGGAGAGAGUCUGUACUUACUCCUAUAGGACUGCCAUUGCUCGGGCACUUUUUAAUGUACAAGCUGUACAAGAAAACCGGCCUCAUUGUUUUAUAGUGGCACUCACAUUUGACCCAAGGUGGAAGCCCACAGUUUGGUUUUGGCUGUGAAUAAUUAUGCCUGUUUCCCCAAAUCAAAUCGAUCUUUAGAGGAUGCAGACUUGCCACCAUCAAGGAUGUUGAGAAAAGUUCACUGCAGACUGUGCAGGCAAUACCCUAAAAGGGGUUCCAGAAAUGUUGUGAGCACUGGCAGCAUAUUUGAAGUAAGUGAGUAAUGUCCUAUGAAAAGAACAGCAGCAGUCGUGGAUGAAAAGAAUGCUUACGAAGGAAAAGUCAGGCACCUUACCUUAGAUCUUGUAUGCUUGAUGCUGUGAGAUUGAUGUUUGUGGUUGGAGGUGGAUUUCAUGCCCUGUGGUGUUUACAGUGUAUAUAAUGGUUGCGUUUCCAUAGGGCUGUGAAAGUGCACAUUAAACCCGAGCGCCUUUACCUGAGAUGAGUGCUUUUGGCCCCUCUGUAAAUAACACUUAAAAAUCCGGUUGUAUACAGUGGACAGCUGACUGAACACCAUAAUCACCACAAUGCAGCUAGGGUAGUGUUGCGGCUAUAAUUGUGUGUGUGUUUUUUUUAUUGUCUCAAAUUUGUAUAUCCUGUAUAAAAUAUGAAUGUUUCCCAAAUAAACUAUGAAUGUUUCCUGUAUAAUAUAUGAAUGUUUCUGAGAAGAAACUCUAAAUAGUAAAGAGGUUAACCUGUUCAAAAGAUACCAAAUAAUGGUUUAACUGGACAACCUUAAAAUUAGCAUAGAGAGCAAUUCUUUGUUAUAUUUUAGUGAUUCAACAAGAAUGAGAGAUUAUAUAGUCAGAUUAUAACAUUCUGUCUACUUUAUUCUGUCUGGUUACAAAUUUUUUUUUAAAUUUCAAUAAAAAUAUGCAUCUUAAAUGGGA